GAUAUUAAUGCAAUUUUACCUGCUCCUUAGUGAAAGGUAGUCUUCUCUAAAGCAAUAGUUGUAGUUCUCAGAAGUCCACAGUGGUUAACUACAGUCCAAUAAUUAGAACAAUGUUUUGAAUGACAUUUUCACUUCUAAAAUACUCUAUGCUGCCAUUGUUUUUUUACUUGGGGGAAGGGAAAUUGAUUUUAUACUACUUAGCUUAAAAAAAAGUAAAGCUUGUUAUUGUUCUUUUAUUUUAAAGUUGCUGUUAACAACUGGUAUGUUCUUUCAGUGAGUGAAGGGAACUUUUUUGUGAGCUAAAAUCAAAAUACUUGCAUAAUAAACUACACUUGAGAGCAUGGAGUUUGGUUCACCUUAAUCAUCUAGUUAUUAGUAAAUUGAGUGAAAGUGCUGGGAACUCUUUUCUCUAAGUUAGGUAAAUUCUUACUGUAAUUACUAUGCAGUCUGACCUCCUGGUGUUUUUUCAGAAUGACCUGGCAUUAUCAUUAUGGAUCGUUCUCGGCAUCGUGCAGGAAAUGGCAAUGAGCAGGCAUCUUCACAAGAGCGUAGCCACGGUGAAGAUGAGAGACAACGACAGCUGGAGCGCCUCAGUAGGGAGGAGGCCUAUUACCAGUUCAUUAACGAACUCAAUGAAGAAGACUACAGGUUAAUGAGAGACCGCAACCUGCUUGGCACUCCUGGAGAAAUAACAGCAGAAGAGUUACAGCAACGCUUGGAGGGGGCUAAGGAGCGUCUGGCAUCACAAGCCGAUAGAGAUAACAGAGAAGGUGAAGGUAGAGCUGUUGGAGAUCCUGAUGUUCUUGGAGAAAACUCAAAUGGUGACUCUUUGCUUGAAUGGCUGAACACUUUUCGUCGCACAGGAAAUGCCACUCGCAGUGGACAGAGCGGAAACCAAACCUGGAGAGCUGUGAGUCGAACAAAUCCCAACAGUGGGGAGUUUCGAUUUAGUCUUGAAAUCAACAUAAAUCACGAACAUAACAGUUUUGAAAACACUGGUGAGGACUAUGUGGGUGUAGAUAGUAGCACAACCUACUCAGAAAGAAGACCUCGAAGAGCUGUCAGUCCAGUAACCAUACAAACAAGGAGCAGGACUGCAAGAGAGGCAAAUAGUGCCACUUCAAGCAUUGCAAGGACCAGGUCUCUAAGGAGUACCAUGGCACAAAGCUCUGAAACAGCCUCUCACCCCAUCUCAGGGAGGCUCAGGAGUAGGAGGGAGUUGACAGGCCGUUCUGCAGCUGCUGGUGAGCAAAGAGAAACUCCAGAAAGAGGUAACUCUACAGGAGGCAGAAGAGGAAGAGGUAGAGCUAGAACUAAUGUUCGGAUGAGUACAAACCAAAGACUAGAAAUUUUGCGGCUGAGGUCUACUUUAAAUGGUCGAAGUCGCUCUCCACUGCGAAGGCAAGGUGGUGCUGCUCGUUCUGAUGAACGUGGGCAGAGGCGGGAUAGAAAUUCACAGCGAGUUAACAGAAGUAGAAGACAAACAGCUCGGCAUCCUCCACAGCUUGCUGAAGAACAAGCAAGAGAUAACACCCAGACUACUCAGCCUUCCAGUGUAGCCCCAUCCUUGGGAAUAACUUUGGAAGAGGAAGAAUCUAGCAGGCCAGUAACUGCUGUUAGAAGGCAUCCAACAAUUACAUUAGAUCUUCAGGUGAGACGAAUUCGUCCUGGAGAAAACAGAAUUCGAGACAGUAUUGCCAGUAGAACUCGUUCUAGAGUAGGAAGGGCAGAAAACACAGUUACCUUUGAAAGUGACAGUGGAGGAUUUCGGCGGACGAUAUCGCGGUCAGAGCGUGCAGGCAUUCGGACCUAUGUUAGCACUAUAAGGAUACCUCUUCGUCGGAUAUCAGAAAGUGGGCUUGGUGAACCUUCGUCAGUGGCUCUUCGAUCAAUCCUUAGACAAAUUAUGACAGGCUUUGGAGAAUUGAGUCUGUUAAUGGAAACUGAAUCUAACUCCGAAGUGCAGAGGGGUGGUCAUCGCUUACCGGAUGUACAGUCAGAGCAGAAUAACUCCAGUUCAGCAAACAAUAGCAGUGAUCCAAGAGAGGUUUCAUCUAGAAAUGGCCAUGUGGUAGAAGGCAGCAGGGCAACAAAUGGACGGAAUGAUACUCGACGUUACAGUCGCAAUAAUGAACACCACCAAGAUAACAGACAGUCUCAAGAAGCUAACAACCUAGUGGAAAAUGGAACGCUGCCCAUACUCCGACUCGCCCACUUCUUCCUGCUGAAUGAGGAUGAUGAUGAUGACCGUUUGAGAGGUUUAACCAAAGAGCAGAUUGACAAUCUUUCCACUCGGAACUAUGGGGAUAUUCACACUGAAAAUGAAAUAAGUAAAACCUGUAGUGUUUGCAUUAAUGAGUAUGUAGCAGGGAAUAAGCUAAGGCAAUUACCCUGCAUGCAUGAGUUUCACAUUCAUUGUAUUGAUCGCUGGCUUUCUGAAAACUCCACUUGCCCAAUUUGCCGGCAGCCUGUGUUGGGCUCUAAUGCCACAGACAAUGGCUAGAACUGCUUGUACUCUUCUGUACUCAAGGAUUUGCUUCUGCUCUAUUUAUGAUGAGCCAGACAGAAUUAAUUGACUUACACAGGGAUCCAUUUGUGUGAGGAGUUUUGUUAAAUUUCUUUAAAAAGAAUAGGAAACUUGUCUAAAUCUAGCAAUGUAAAUACUAUUUUUCUCCAGGUGCAGAUCUAGGAGUACACAUAGAACCAAAUGAUUUCGGUAAAGUUUAUAUUUUUUUAGGUAAUUUUGUUAUGCUAAGCACUUUUGUAAAUACAGAAAUGCAAUAGUUAAUCAGACCUGCUUAAUGUAUGUUUUUGGUUUUUUUUAACAGUGUAAUGGACUCACUUUAUUUAGAUUACAAAUUGUUUCACACAGACCCAGCACUGUGUUGAAAAAUUUGUGUCUAAAUAGCCAUUCAUUAGUUUUUUUGUUCUAAGAACAAUUUAUUUUAAGGAAUUUCUUGCUGAAUGUGUUGGCUAAAGAUAUUUAAGUUACUUGAAGUGCUCUUUUUUAAUAAACUAUCUAUUUUGUUUUGUUAACAUAGAAAUAUCCUUUCAAAAAACUUGGCAGUUUGGUUCUAUUAAAAAAAAGCCUAUUUUUUGCAUGUGGUUUUACACAAUGCUUUAUGCUGAUGAGUUCAUAUUCAAAAGCAGAUGGGUUAGUGACAUUAUAAAAUGUACAUAAUUAAAUGCUGUCUUUGACAAUCUCUGUCUUUUCAAUGCAGACAGCCAUCAAAUCAAUAAUCCCAAGAUGUGUCUUACUGAAUGUGAUAUUUGCUCAAAGUCUAAAUGAGCACUGAAGAAGCCUUUUUUAACUCUUCCAAGUUACUCAGUUGAUAUUCGUAGGUUUUUAACUGCCUUAGUUAAAAGAGGGAAAUACUUCCUUGACCAUUAUGUUGUCUACAAUAUGCAUGAUUUAUGCAUCCUACUCACUAAAAAACAAUAAAGAAACCUGAAGUCUUGAAAGGUUUUUGUACAGAAGUUUAAGGUACGCAUACAGUAAUAGUCCUCUUAAUACAUGUCUGAGAACCAAAUGGCAAGAGACACUAAAAAGGACAAAAUAAACUUCCCUUAAAAUCCCCUGGUUACUGUGUAAUUAGACAUUAAACUUUAUACCAAUAACUUAUGAAGAAAUAAAGUUGCAAAGUAAAUAA